CGUGGCCAUGAGCGCGCGGGCGCUGCUGCCGCCGCCGCCGCUCCCCGCCAGCCGCCGCCACCAGCCGGGGUACAGAGAGCAAAGACGACAAAAGGUUGAAGAAUACCUGUCAAGAAGAAAGACUUUUUCUGGCUUGUUCACACGGCAGAAGCAAACGCACAACAGCAGCAACAGAACUGGGAAAGUAGCUUGUGAUGAACUGCAAGAAAAAGUAAAGAGCUUAAAAUCUGCAAAGCAAAAAAUGGAAAAUAAAGAAAAUGCUGAGAGCUCUCCAGGGAACCAAUCAAGCAGAACUUUGGAAAAAAGCACGGCAUCUUUAAAUGACAUAGAUGUGAAGGCUACUACUAUAUUAACAGAAUCUAGUGCAAGGGCAAACUGCAGUUCUGAAGAUCUUAGUCCAGCUGUUAAUGCUUCCAAAAAUGAAGCUGUUGAAACCCAAACCCAACUGAUGUCAUUUAGCCAAUCCUUCCUGCACAAAAGAAGCAUCAAAGAGAAGAAACUGAUUGCGGAAAAGCAGAUAUCUGAUGCCAGCCUUCCAAAGAAACCUGUGCUUGGUUCCUAUCGUGGCAAGAUUAUCCCAUCCAAGAUAAACUCCUUCUGGAAAACACAAGGUGAUACAGAUGGAAGGAGUUCUUCAGCAAACAAAAAGCCUGUGGUUGUCUCCCAACUAAAAGUGAGACCAUCACUUCCAAGCAGUAGUAGUGCAGUCAUGAAAACUGUCAAAGCAACAAACUCAGCUAGUGCAGUGAAGUUGAAAGGUACUACCUCCUUCCAGACCAGGCCACCUGCAAAGGCUUCUAUUAGCCAUUCACAGUCCACCCAGAACAAGGAAAAACCAACAUCUAGUAGUGUGGUAGGAAGUACUGUGACUGUCCAAAGAAAGCCUAGUAGAAGUGUGACACUGCCAUUAAAGACAGAUUUUCCAAGUGCUAAAACUCUUUUUGUGGCUGGGGCAAAGAAAACUGAAGCUUCAUCCAAAGAUGUAAGAUCAGGUGCUUCAGCCAAAUCUGUUUCUUUGACUUGUGGUGCCAGUUCCACUCAAGAUAAAAAAGCUGUUGGCAACAAACUUAUUCUGCCAAAGGAGUCAGCUGAAGACAGAAGAAUUCGUCUAGCUGAAUGGAGGGCAUCCAAAGGAAAAGCAUUUAAGAAGCCACUUCCUACUGCUGUGCCAAUUACCAAACCUGAGGACAGUACAUUACACACAACCCCCCAAAAACAUGUUGAAUCUUUUUGGACUACAAUAGAAGAGGAGGAUGAGGAAGGAAUAAUCAGUGAAAAAGUCACCAAGACUCUUGCAGAGUGUCUCCAUUCAACAGAACAGGGGUGUCCACGGGAUAAAAUACAUGCCACUCUGGAGAAUCUAAUUCAGUGUGUUCCAAAGGCAAAAAAAAUUGCUAAGUAUUGGGUGUGUCAGAUGCGUCUUGAACAGACAGGUCCCAUUGAGAAGAUCAUUGCUGUUUACGAGGAGGCUAUUUUGGCAGGAGCAGAGCCUAAACAGGAGUUACGGAGUACAGUAGCAGAUAUUAUGAAGAAUUCUGAGAGUCUUUCCAAGUCACAGCCUGAGAUGUGUGUGAAGGAGGAAGUUGAUUUAAAUGAUGAUAGAGAUGAAAUUAACAAUGAAGCUAACUCUUCUAUUGGGAAGGUAGAGGAGACCUUCCAAAUGCUCAACCUGAAUGAUGAAGAAAAGCCAGAAGUGACAAAUGAAGUGAAAAAAGAAGAAAAAAUUGUUUUGGUUUCAGAGAUGAAUGGAGAAUACUCAUCUAAAGAAGACAAACACAGUAAUAAAGAAAAAAGAAAGAAAACGGUAAAAUAUAAAGAUGACCAGGAUAAUAAUGAUGCAGUAAUGGUGCUGCCAUCAGAAUCUAGGACUCCAGACAAGGAAAAUGAAGCAUCUUAUGUAAUUAAAUACAGUGUGUCAACUACUCCACACUUAGAGAGAGAGAAGAGAAAGAUGCAGUGUGCAGCAACUGGCUCUGCGGUUAAAGAUCUAAGAUUCCUGACUCCUGUGCGGCGUUCUCGACGCCUUCAGGAAAUGAGCAAGCUAAAUAUGUUUAAGGAUCAUGAUCCCAUGGUUUCUUCACUUGAACAGCUGAAAGAAUUGGGAUCCCAAAGCAAUGCCUUUAUCUUCAGAAAAAACAGUGCACUAUAAUCUACUCCGGGAAUAGUAAAAGUAGCAAUAACUUUACAAAGAAGGCACUUGCCCUCUUUAAGAGAAGCUUUGACUCCUUGCUCAUUUGUGUAGCUGAUGUAAUAUGAAAUUUGCAAAGCUGGUUUAAUUAUCUAAAGGCUGUAGUCAAGCUUUUAAACUAAUAAUGUGUGUAUACUCUCUCAAGCUGUUGUGGUUUAAAAAAAAAAAGUUUGGUCUGUUUUGGUAUUGUAAAUUAUUCAGGUCUUGUUUAAACACAUGGAACUACAAAUUAAGGAAUAGGUUAGCAUACUCAGUUAUCUCCCUUGUUCCUAUAAUGAGUUGUUAGGACUACCCAUUGCUUUACAUUGGUGAAUCCCCAUAAGACAAGUGUGUUGCAUGCAAUUUUAGAUUAUUCAAUUUUUUAAAAGUGUUCCUGUAUAAAGAUGAAAUAUCUAAAUAUCUAAAAGAUGGUCAAUAGGAAAGUCAAGUCAACCUGUCUGUUUUGUGUUGGGCUUUUUUGUUUUGUGGCUUUCGUGUAUGUUGUGGCAUUUUGUUUCUGUGUGGGUUUGUCUUCUUUGGUUUUUAGUAUUUGUUUUCAAAGAAAAACAAACUUUCUACAAGUGGUACUAAUGGAAGCUUUUCUAUUUUAAGAAGCUGACAUAGCAAGGGACUUUUAAUUCCAUUGUCUAGGAAACUACUUAAGGCUUCAAUGUUUUGUGCUUUGCAUGGGGCCCCUAUACACUAAUUUUCUGUAUUUAAUGUUUUAAUAUAGACUUGUAUUAAUCUGUUCCAUGGUAGAGGUUUCUAUUAAA